CAGUAGAAACAACAUCUAAAAAUAUGUCUGUGGUGAAAUUUUGAGUGUCAUGAAACAAUGUUUAGAGGAGAUAUGGGUAUUGGACUUCUAAGAUAUUCAUAGGUUCAUGUGACUCCUAACCAAAGAGCCGCUUCUGGCAUCUUUACCCACUCAAAAACUAAACUCAAAUAGUGCAUCGUAUAGCCUCAGAUGAGCUCUACAAAACUGCGUAUUUAUAUGGAUAAAACAAGCAAGGUUUGGAGCUAGGAGAACCGAAGUAUAGGGUCGACUUGUGUGCUCCAUCCUUGCAAUUAGAUAUACGCUCAGCAAAGCUACCCAUAAGACCGUCUGAAAAUUCCUAAUAUAGUGUAUUCGACUUAGUUUUUUACGCUGAACCCGAAUAUGAUCUUAUAUUUAGACUUUGACUAACAAGUAGUGCACAAAAUAAUGAAAACCGAACAUGAAAAAGGAAAAGCGACCUUAAAAUUGGGCUUUAGAUUUUAAUGUGAGGUCAUUUUGGGUAUGGCGCCCUCCAGUAGAAGAACUUUCAAAUAGUAAAUUUUGUAGUUCUAUCUUGUGCGCAAUUUCUUCUUAUCUAUUUCAAAUUCAAAUUGUUUUCCCUCUAGAAAAUAAUUAAAGACUCAACGACAACUUAGUUUCUACUUUAUUACAUGAAAAUUCUAUCAUUAUUUGUAGACAAAUAUCUUAAAAUUUCAACUAUUUCUUCUUUUUUGUAUUCUGUUAUAGACUUGUGGUUUGAUUUCAUUUAGACUCGCAUAAUUGAAUGGUGUUUUAAUAUUCCAUUUUAUGAUACACUAAGUUUUAUGCUUGAUAUAUGUGAUAAAAUCAAGUAUAGACAUUAUGAUGAUAAAUCUGUUCUGACGGAGGAUAGUUAUAUAGAAGGUGUUCGUGUUCGAAUCUAUGAUGCGGUGAACGCAACAAAAGUUCCACAAUCAAAUAGAAAAGCACUUGUUCUCUUUUUUCAUGGAGGCGGUUUCUUUUUUGGUGGCAUAGGUUCGCAUGAUACAAUGAAUUAUUAUUUAGCAAAAUAUAGUGGCACUAAAGUAGUCACCGUCGAUUAUCGUUUGUCUCCGGGUGUUCGAUAUCCUGACGCUAUUGAUGACAGUGUUCGCGUAACACGUUAUAUUCUUCAACAUUCACAAAAAUAUAAUGUUGAUUUAACACGAGUAUUUCUAGCAGGUGAUUCAGCCGGUGCUAAUUUAGCUAUAAUUGUUGAACGUCGUUUACGUAAUGAGUUAUUUUAUCCAAUUCGUGCUGAAAUUUUACUUUAUCCUCUUAUGCAACUUGUCAAUUAUAUGUUACCUUCAUAUCAAAAGUAUCUAAAAUAUGAACUCUUAUCAGUUGUAACAGAAGAUUUUCUAUAUCAAGUACCAAACUAUUAUUUAAAUACAACAUUUGAACGAUCAAAACUAUUUAAAAAUCAACAUUUAUCUAAACAAGAUUUAAAUAAAUUCUAUUCAAUAAUUAAUAAACAAUGGUUAAAUCAGUCAGAUAUCAAUGAUAGAUCCUAUGAUAGUAAUAAACCGUUAUCAGACGAUUAUUAUAUAACAUCAACGAAUGAAUGUCAUCCAGAUACAUCAAAAUUGUUUCAUGAUGAUAUUUCACCAUUACUCUCCUCAACUAAUAUUAUUUCUCAAACUCCUUCAACAUUUUUAGUUUCAUGUGAAUAUGAUGUUUUAUUAAGUGAUUCUUUAUUAUAUUGGAAAAGAUUAAAAGACGCACAUGUUGAAGUAGAAUAUCGACAUUAUUAUAUUUUUCAUGGUGCAAUGACAUUUGUAGAUUGGCCUGUAACAUUUACAGAUGCAUUUGAAAUUAUUGAAGAUAGUGCCGAAUUUAUUCGAAACAAAAUCUAA